UAAGUCCAGCUACGAGAGAAAGAACGGAACGGACGACCUUAGGUUAGACGACCUUAAAUUAGCGCGUCGCUGAUCGUACGCUGUACAUUUUUUAAGCUUUAUAUAAUAGGGCCAAGUAUCACGUUUUCAAAAACCAACCGGGGAAAAAGAAAAAAAAAAUCCGAAAUAAGAAGGAAAAAAAAAAAGGAGUUUGAGAGGGAUCCAAACACACAGAUUUUGAAAAACUCAGAAAUUUCCCUUCCCUUAUGAUGGGGUCGUCUUUUUGAUUUGAAAAAAAGACCCCAGAACCAAGAAAGAUUAAAGGGGAAUUUCUUGGUUCGAUUUCGUUAAACUUUUUGGUUUAUCAUCUAAAUCUCCUUUCGUUUUUAUAAAUUAUUGGUAUCUGUUUGGAUUUCGAUUCAAAAAUGGCAGGUGAGAGGAAGUACAUUACAGCCGAAGAGCUUCAGAAGCACAACAAGGCUGGAGAUUUGUGGAUCUCUAUCCAGGGUAAGGUUUACAAUGUCACUGAUUGGGCUAAGGAUCAUCCUGGCGGAGAUGUGCCUCUCUUGAAUUUGGCUGGUCAGGAUGUCACUGAUGCUUUUAUAGCUUAUCAUCCUGGCACUGCUUGGCAAUACCUUGCCAAGUUCUCCACUGGGUAUUAUCUGAAAGAUUUCGAGGUCUCUGAGGUUUCCAAGGAUUACAGGAGGCUUUAUUCGGAGUUUUCUAAACUCGGUUUGUUUGAAAAGAAAGGCCAUGGGAUUAUGUACUCUCUGAUAUGCGUUGCGAUUAUGCUCUGCCUUGUUGUCUAUGGCGUCUUGAAAACUGAGAGUGUUUUGGUCCAUAUGGGAUGUGCUGUGAUUUUGGGAUUUCUCUGGAUGCAGAGUGCUUAUGUGGGUCACGAUUCCGGUCAUUACCAGAUCAUGACGACCCCAGGUUACACCAAGAUUGCUCAGAUGUUGGCUGGGAAUUGCCUCACUGGGAUCAGCAUUGCCUGGUGGAAGUGGACACAUAAUGCCCACCACAUCUCCUGCAACAGCCUCGAUUACGAUCCAGAUCUCCAGCACAUUCCGGUCUUCGCUGUGUCAUCGAGCUUCUUCAAUUCUAUCACAUCCGUCUUCUAUGGAAGGAAGUUGACUUUCGAUCCAUUGGCUAGGUUCCUCGUGAGUUACCAGCAUUUCACAUUUUAUCCGGUCAUGAUCGUCGCGAGGAUCAACUUGUACGUGCAAACAUUCUUGUUGUUGUUCUCAAAGCGACCGAUCCCAGAUAGAGCUUUGAACAUACUGGGAAUCUUCGUUUUCUGGGCUUGGUUUCCUCUCCUUGUUUCUUAUAUGCCCACAUGGAGCGAGAGGAUCAUGUUUGUGCUGCUGAGCUUUACUGUGACAUCGGUGCAGCAUAUUCAGUUCUGUUUGAACCAUUUCUCUGCAGAUGUUUAUGUAGGACCUCCCAGCGGGAAUGAUUGGUUCGAGAAGCAGACCGGUGGGACUUUGGAUAUUGCUUGCUCAUCUUGGAUGGACUGGUUCUUCGGUGGAUUGCAGUUUCAGCUUGAGCACCAUUUGUUUCCCCGCCUACCCCGUUGCCAAUUGAGGAAGAUUUCUCCUUUGGUUCAAGAGCUAUGCAAGAAGCACAAUUUGCCUUAUAGAAGCUUGUCCUUCUGGGAUGCCAAUGUUUCUACCAUAAGGACUCUUAGGACUGCUGCCCUGCAGGCUCGUUGCCCUACCAACCCUGUUAAGAAUUUGCUUUGGGAAGCUGUAAAUACUCAUGGAUGAGUUUUUGAGGCCUUGUCAGCUAAAGUUUUUUUAAUUAUAUAUAGCUCUGCGCUACAGUUUUCCUCCAUUUUCAUAAGUCCGGAAUUUAGAUGAUGAUAUUAUUGUUUUAUUAUCCGCCUUUUUUCCAUUGGCAAUUAGAUACUCUGUUUUUGCGUAGUUAGCUAAAACAUAUGAUUUGAACAUGUUUUUAUUCUUUAGCCCCAUUGUUAAAGGGUGCUAACUUUUGCUUUGUGGAUGUUAAGUUGAAUUUUGAUUGAAUCUCUUCCUUUAGGAGAGACAUAAAUUCUCCAUCUA